AUGCACGGGCUCUUUUUCUAUAUUGGAGUCCCUUAUGAAGUCCAAACUAUCAUCGGAUUCGGAACAGGGGUUGGAAUGCUAUCAGCUUGUAUUCAAGCAAUUCAAUAUAGGCAUUGUCAAAUUGUUCCACCAAGUAGUGUGUUGGCGAGAAGUUCGAAAACGAAGACAUUCGUGAAUUGUAUUCGAUACUUAUUAUUUUGUCAGAUUUCCAUUCCAGCAGUCAUCACAGAGCCUGUGAAUCAAAUGGAAGCAAAGCUGAGGGUUUCUGAGGUGUUAGUUCCGUGUAUUUUCUGUAUUAUUCCAAUCGGUUUCCUCUGUUUUGCAAUUGUAUCCGGGUACCAUGUACAGUUUUGGAAUGACAUGGCUGUAAUCGUGUUUGGACUCCACGGAACGUUCGCGACAGUUUCAUUGAAGGAAUUGGUGUAUGGAGGAAAGAAAUUAUAUGCAAUCGGAGGAAUCAAAUGGGCGGUAUCAAUUGGACCAUCAACAAGUCACGAUUACAAUCAAAUAGAAGUGUCAACUAUGGGCUUGAAAGAAGGAGAGUGUUGCCACGUGGAACUAGAAGUAUUUGCUCCGAAAUAUCUUCCAAAUCGAAUGACUUUCUGGCAUGUUUUCGAUGAUGAAAGACAUGCAUUUGGAAUUCCUUAUGCUUCUAAAGAGAAGGCCGAGUGUGACUGGGAAGAUCAUCCACCGGAAGGCAAACUCGUUAAAGGAAAAGUAAAAGGACCAUACAUAAGAAUAUCUCUGAAUCCGAAAAUCUGGAGAUACAGAAAUUGGCAAUUUCCAUUUGCCGACUUGGUGCUGAAAGUUAGAGAUGAAGAACUAUAUGUUAAUAGAAAAAUAUUGUGCUCGGUUAGUCGUUUCUUCGUUCACAUAAUGGAAAGUGGACGAUUGGAAUGUAUGAAUAAUCAUCAAGUAUUAUACGUAAAAGGAGUCUCAUUUGAAGAUCUCUAUGAUCUAAUGGGUAUUGUUUAUCAUGGAUGGAUGUUCUACAGUGAGGAACUUCUUGUUUUAAUGGAAAUAGUUCAUACAUUUUUAGUUGAUCGAGCAAUGCAUCUUCAAUCGAUUGCAGAACAAUUCGGAGUCUUGAUGGAUACUAAUAACUUGGAAAGUUUUGAAGGAAAGAUCUCGUCAGAAUUGUUUUCAGUUGAUCUGAUUCAAGAUUUUGAUGAUGAUUCAUCAGUGAUAGUAAACAAGUCAUCACCAGUGAGAUUGGGUAAUGUAUCAGAGAAUUCAUCUGUAUUUAUGGCAGAUGUUAGUGAGAAUCAAGAAGAAGAUUUUAUUUGGCAUUCUCUUCAACACCUUAGCCACUAUGGGCUGCCUCAAUCUCCGAACACAUUGCGAUUUACUCGCAUUGGACCGAGUAUUUCUCGUCCGGAUGUACUUAACUAUCAUCAGACACCUAACCCAAUCGAAGAUGAUGGUGAUGAUGAGGAGGAUGAUGUAGAACCCGAAAUUCAAAAUAUAGUUCAAGACGAUAAUAUGGGUAUGAUGCCUGGUCAUCCCAUUAUCAAAGACUCUGCACCUCCGACAUUUCUCGAUUGUGAAACACUUGAUACUGAGAAUAAUGGGAUGCAUUACGUAUUUGGAUUAGAAUUUGACUGCAACUACUCAGAAAAGUUUUUGAGAGGAGGAAAGUAUGCAAUUCAAACUCAUUAUGGAAACUGGGAUAUCUAUCUGUACCAAGCGACGUUGAAUUCUAACGAGUAUUUGUCUCUUGGAAUAUACGGAUCACGAUUUAAACAAGAUAUUGUUUAUGACACAUCAUUCAGGAUUCAAGUGGGAGGAGGCAGCUUGUUACCGAAAAGAAAAUUUAUAGAAAAGUUGAUAGACUUGAGAAGAAACACCCUCGGAUACCCUGAUUUUAUGGACUGGAGUGAUGUUCGGAAUUACGCGAAUAGCCUCGGAAUGGUGUCAAUUUCAGUGCACUUGUCGAUUGUACCGACUGAAAAGUUCCUCCCAGAUUUGACCUAUGAUCAGUUUCCUGGACACAAAGACACAUUUGUUGAGAUUGAAGGACUGACAUUUCCAGUAUCUAGAGAUGUUCUAUCCGAGGCUUCAUCAGUUUUUCAAGAAAUGUUCAAUAACUCUUUGCUUGUAUUUAGAAGAAAAGUAUAUCAAAUCCAUGGAAUCAGCUAUGCAAUAUUCAUGCUUCUUAUGGAGUACAUCUAUAACAAAAAAGCUUUCUAUUGUCUUGAAAACGUGGAUUUUGAAGAAUUGAUGACACAAGCUCAAAGAUUCAAUUUGAAGUCUGUAGUGCAACAACUCUGUCGGGAUUAUGUAGAUCGAGAAGAUAUAAAUGAACGUGAAGCAUACGCAUUUUCUCUAAAGUUCGGACUAAAAACUCUCAUGUCGAAAUACCACAGUGUAAGAUCGAGAACCGUCUCCGACCACGAUAAUCCAAUAACUCUAAAGUCUCUUUCCACUUCAUAUAUGCUCUAG